CCCAGCCAUGAGCACCGCAAGCUACGAGUCCUACUUCCACAGGAGGCGCUAUGGAGACAGCGCAGCGCCCAGGACCUACGGAGCUGUCCAGCAUUUCAGGAGCAACUACGGCGGCAACGUCAAAGCGGUGUACAGCUCGUACUCCAGCCCUGCCUUCACGGCGAGGAAGGCCCACAGCAUCUCGUCGGCCCUGGACAACUUCGACCUGAGCCAAGCCAGCGCGGUGAGCAGCGAGUUCAAGGCGGUGAGGACCCAGGAGAAGGCGCAGCUGCAGGAACUCAACGACCGCUUCGCCAGCUUCAUCGAGAAGGUCCACGAACUGGAGCAGCAGAACAAGGUGCUGGAGGCCGAGCUAUCCCUGCUCCGCCAGAAGAACGGCGGGCCGUCCCGCCUCAAGGGCAUCUACGAGCAGGAGCUGCGGGAGCUGAGGUUGGCACUGGACGACGCCAGGCACGAAAGACAGGCAGCCCAGAACGAGAGGGACCACUUGGAGGAAAGCGUCAAGAACCUGCAGGCCCGCUACGAGGAGGAGCUGCUCAACCGGGAGGACGCCGAGGGUCGCCUGAUGGAAGCCAGGAAGGGCUCGGAUGAAGCGGCGCUGGCCAGGGCCGAAGUGGACAAAAGGAUCGAGAGCCUGAUGGAUGAGAUCGCGUUCCUGAAGAAGAUUCACGAGGAGGAGAUCGCCGAGCUGCAGGCUCAGGUCCAAUACACCCAGGUGUCCGUGGAGGUGGACGUGGGCAAGCCGGACCUGUCCUCUGCCCUGAGGGAGAUCCGGUGCCAGUACGAGAAGGUGGCAGCCAAGAACAUGCAGUCCGCCGAAGACUGGUACAAGAGCCGGUUUGCCGUGCUGGCCGAGAACGCUUCCAAGGACAACGACGCGACCAGGCAAGCCCGGGACGAGGUCAUCGAGUACCGGCGUCAGGUCAAAGCCAAGACCCUGGAGAUCGACGGCGUCAGGGGAAUGAACGACGCCCUGGAGAGGCAACUGCUGGAACUGGAUGAGAAACAGGGCGGAGAGAUCAGUGCCUUACAGGAUGCCAUCAGCCAGCUGGAGAAUGAACUCAGGACCACCAAGAAUGAGAUGGGCCGCUACCUGAAAGAAUACCAGGAUCUGCUGAACGUGAAAAUGGCCCUGGAUAUUGAGAUCGCUGCUUACAGGAAACUGCUGGAAGGAGAGGAAACGCGCAUUAACUACGCCAAUGUGGGCAGCUUGAUCGGCAGCUACUCCCAGACUGCCGCUGCCCCGGUCUACAGCCGCUCUAGUUACUCCCUUCAGACCAGCGCCUACGGAUUGUCCAGCAGACCCGUCCUGUACAGUUCCUACGGUAGCAGCAGUCAGAUAGAGGAGGAGGAGGAGGAGGUGGUGCAGCAGACCCGCGCUUUGGCAGCACAGCUGGAACCCCCAGCGGACAAGGCAGAAGACAUGGAAGGUGAAGAGCAGGAAGGAGGAGAAGGAAAUGGUGAAGAGGCAGAAGCAAAGGAGAAUGGAGAGAAAGAGGAAGAAGAGGAAAAGGAAAAUGGAGAGGAGGCAGAUGAGGAAAAGGAAGAUGAGGAGAAGGAGGAAGGUGAGGCUGAAGGAGAGAAGAAAGAAGAGGAAGAAGAAGGGAGUGACAAACAGGAAGAAAGUGAAGAAAAAGGAGAAGAUGCUGAUGAACAGAGUGCAGGGAAGGAGGAAGAGAAGAAGUAGGCAGGCCAAAAUAUGGUCAACAAGGUAUUGAAUUCAAAGAGUGGGCAAACAAGUCCAGCCAUCCAAUCAAAUCUGAGCCAAAGAUACAAUACAAAGAUGAUCCACUGAAAGUUUAUGCUUUAUGUGUUAAGAUUGACUCCAUAAAUAAUUUAAGAAAAACAAAGAAAUGCUCGUGCAGAUUGUGAAUUUAAUGAUGCAUAAGCAUGGUUAACUUUUGAGGAAUGCAAGCCAUGUGAUGUAUAGAAAUUCUAAAGUACCUGGUUAUAUUAUCUUGUCAUUAUGCAGUCAUUGUUAAACAAGGAUCAAUGUACAAUUAUCUAGAAAAGUAACACAGGACAAUAUGAUGCAAUUUUGUGACAGGGUCAAUCACAAUGGAUGGUGCAAGCGACAAUAAAUGCAACUCGCAGCAAA